GGGUGUGGAGCAGCACAUCACUCAGGAAGAGGCUGCGAGCGGAGAGAACAUGAAGGAAGCAGGGGAGUCCGGAGGGUCGCCCUUACAUGCGGUGCGGCAAACGCUCAGGGGCCUCCCCACAGAACAGCGCCUUUUCCUCACUGGACAGCUCUCUGCACUCAUUUUGGCUUUCUUGUUCCGAUACUGUCUGCCUCCUUCUCAUUGUGGACCAAAAGUCAGACAUGGCAUUGCCACCUUGCUCGGAAUUGGGCUGUCAACCUACUGCUUCGGAUGGCUCACGCUAUUUCUUGUUGGAGAGGUCGUCAUGUGCUAUCUCAUGCUUCUUGUGAUUGACCCUAGAAAAAUUCAAAUAUACACAUUGCUGAUAACCAUGGUUUAUCUCACCUUCUUUCAUGUUCGAAGAUAUGCAAACCCUUUAGUAGAUGAGCUGGAUUUUACAGUGGCUUUAAUGACACUUACCCAAAAACUGAGUCGUUUUGCAUUUGAAUAUCAUGAUGGUACUGUGCGCAGGGAUCAAUCUCUGACUCCCACACAGAAACACCUAGCUAUCAGGUCUCCCCCUGGAAUACUCCCAUAUCUAAGUUACACAGUGGGAUUUCUAGGACUUCUUGCUGGUCCUUUAUGUUCUUUUAAUGAUUACCAGAUAUUUAUAUACGGAGAAGAGAAGAAAAGAAACCCAAACGUGGCAGUAUUCAAGAAGUUGUGGCUUUGCUGUUUCCUAUUAGCUGCUCAUGUUACGCUGUCGGACCAAUUCUCUAUAUCAAGUGACCCAAAUAACUCUGUUCCCAAUAUUUUUCUGGAACUCUACUUGACUGCAGCUUGCAGAAGACCAAAGUAUUAUUUUGCCUGGACCCUUGCGGAUGCCAUAAAUAAUGCUGCCGGCUUUGGCUAUAAUGGAAUCUCGGAGGAUGGGGAGGAGAGGUGGGACCGACUAUCCAACCUGAAUAUAUUAAGGAUUGAGACAGCUACCAGCUUCAAAAUGUUUAUUGACAACUGGAAUAUACAGACAGCAGUGUGGUUGAAAGAGGUUUGUUAUGACAGAAGUCCAUUUAAUCCUCUGCUUUCCACAUUCCUGUUGUCGGCUGCUUGGCAUGGUGUACAUGCAGGAUAUUACUUUACCUUUCUGACUGCUGCGCCAAUUACACUUGCUGCCCGCAGGGUCAGGCAAACCAUCCGUCCUUGGUUCCAACAUACCUCAUGGCGAAGACUGAUUUAUAGUUUGAUUACCUGGGUAUGCACACAAAUAGCUAUGUGCUACACUGUCGCACCCUUCAUAUUGUUAGGACUUGGACCAUCUCUACAAUUAUACAGGUCCCUGGGUUUUUGCUUACACAUUCUCCCUCUAUUGCUUCUUUUCAUUGUCCCUAAGAGAAAACGGCCUGAGACCAAAGGAGGUAGUUCUCAAGAACCAUCCUGUGACCGUAACUACAACCAUCUUAAGAAGGAAAUGUAAAGAGGAUAUCCAUUUGUUAACAGAGGCAGAAACGUCCUAUAAUAUAAACUUUGUCUCGUAAAUGUACAUGUCAGCAGCUGCCUUGAAAGAAGUGCCUUUGACUGCAUCCAACUAACUAUACCAGAAGCCUUCAAAUUUACGUAUCACAAUGACUACUAAAUGUUUCAUUUAGAUUACACAGUAGUUAGCUUCCUCCAUAUCAUUCCAGCCAUUGUCUGGCAUGUAUUUCUAGUCAUACUCAGGAACAGAAAAAAACUUGGACGAAGUGCCCAUCAGUAAAGAAGUGUAGUUUAUCAUGAAACUUGUAUUCUUACGUAUACACAGUGGCAGCACUUUAAAAUGAGGUUAUGUUAUAUGUAACCCCCUGUGAACUACAUCUACUUUUUGUAACCAUUUCCAGUUUUCCUAAUACUGUGCCCACAGACUUAGUUGGGGUCAUGCCUGCCGCCUGUUUCUUACAGAGGCAUAUACAGAGUUUUCUUUUAAAGUCAAAUACCGUACAACCUCCAUAUGCCACUGUAGAGCUCUGUGCACACAGUUCUGUCAUGUUCAUGAAGCAAAAGGCAGUUACUAUCUAAGAGCAAAAAGCAAUGAAUUUUUUGAAAAUGAGCUUUUUUGCAAUGACCUUUUUCCCUAUAGCCAGUUGAGUACAUUUUAGAUCUAACCAAUUUAAGAUCUAUCUGCUAGUCUUGAUAUAUUGUGGCCACAACAUGGUUAUUGAAUGAUGGCCAUAUUGUGCCUCUUUGACAGCGGUGAGUUCACUUUUACUUUUUACAAAUAGUUUUUCAUGGUAAGGAGAAUUAAGUGAUGUAUGGAUCUACAAUACAGCACCUUUUUAAGUCUAUGACCACACAGAUGUUCUUCUUACUCCCAGAUUCAUGCAGAAUGCAUGAGAAGAAAAAAUGCCCCAUUGCAUAUUAUUACCAAGGUAUUUUCUCCUAAAAGCCUUGUCUAUGGCAGAACAUGGAUUGCCUCCGUCUCAAUGCACCUUCCAUGCACACAGUUUGGGGCCUUAAAAUUAAAAAAUAUAUAUAAUCCAAUUCAAGUUUUCCUUUAAAAUUCCAUACAAAUUUUCAGGACUGGUGUUGUUGCUUCCAGUUUAAACCAUUUGCAGACUAUGUCCACUUGGUUGUUCGAAUUUUUUUCACUGUUGCCAACUAGUGAACAUCACGAAAAAGGUCUGACAUUAUAAGAAUACAAGGACCUUUUGUAAGAGGUGGCUCAUACAAAAAAGAAAUAUUUUUUUACUGAUAACUUUUACUACUACAUUUUAUUUUAUUAGCAUUGCGUUACUACAUUUUAUAAAUUUUUAUAUUUGUAACAUACUGUAAAUUUGACUGCAAUUUUCUCACUACAGCUAUUUAUAAUCUAAUAAUUGUAUUUUACAAAAUUCCUUGCUUGCACCACAGUAUUUGCAGUUCCUUUGACUCUGCAUAGCUAGUGAAUGUUUACAUUAAA